GAACUUCUUCCGAUUAGACUUGGUACUUUUCAUCCAACGUUAUCCGAAGAAUUCUGAAAAGGUUCGUCUCGUCUGAGAUGCCGCAGCAACAGUACAAGGAGUCUCUCUGAACCCUCAGUUGCUGGUUUCGCGGAAAACAGAUUAUCUUCGGUUUUCGGUCUUCGGUCGAACUUGAAGAUGUUCCAACAGCUGCAGAUUCACUCCGAGGACAAGCAGAAUAAUUUUCUUUUUUUUGAACGGAACAUAAACCGCCACGCAUCCACGUCAUGGAUAUGAUGACACUUGGACCGACGAACUCCCCCUACUCUGUUGAAUAUGUCAAGUACCGGAACGCCAAAUAGUACGCCAAGCAAUAUCGCGAAGCGUCAGUGUCCAUAAAAUGUCGCCAUCGCGUCGAUGAGUACUUCAACAGUGUGGUUACCAAAAAAAAGCAGUGAAGUUAGCGCAUGAAAUCUGGUUCAUCCACAAAAAAUGCGAAACUGAGUGUCCAACGCGGAAGUUCUACGGAGCCUAAAUAGGAUAGGUGUAGCCGGCAACAACGGUGCAUUUCUGUUGUGAAAAUUAACGUCCUGGGCGUGAUUAGGGAUCCAUACAAGGAUGAGUUCACGUUCUCUUGGUUUGCUGUCGCAGUUUAAUAUACACUAGAAGAUUAUCAUCCAGUGGCAUAUUCUAUCUUCCAUUGGGGCCAAGAAAUUGAAUGGAAUUGGAAUUGCAAUGGGGUGUCGCGAAAACUAUGAACAAGUUUAUUGUCGAAGGCCGAAACCAUCCGGGUUCCGCGUUGCUACAUCGGCGGCGCCAACUCAGUCAAAGCCGAUUCACUUGAAAUCCACAUCUCCACUAAUGCCCCAGCGAAUACAGUUACGGCUGCGUAACAUUCUUGUGAACAGCCAUCAACGGAAAAGUUCACUGUUGCUUAAUGAUGAUCCGGGCUAAAGUGCUACGUGAAUCGAUCCCACGGCUCGAAUAUAUAGAAGCUGUACUACGCGUCAUUCUAUUGCCAAUCGGUCCUGGCUCCAGUAUUUUCUGUAGACAGAUUUCCGCACAGUGUGUGACUACAAUUCGUUUUAUUCUGAAUCGACGCGAUUCACGAGCUGACGAAGUAGGUGGACUGGAGAUGGGAACUGAAUAUUGCCGACGAUUUGACUAAGUGAGGUAAGCUCCACCAUUGCAGAACGACGAACAUUGAUUCAAGGGCCAGCAAGAAUGAAGAAAUUCAGUGGGUGGAAGCAAUCCUCCGACGGCAGGCAGGGGACGAUUUCAGGAACGAAAUGAGCGCUCUCACGAAAAAUUUGCAUUACCAACCGGGCAUCCCCAUGGAGGCUGUGAAGAGAAUCAGAUUGAUCUACAACUGCUCUCCGGUACUGCCCAGUGAAGGUUUUCUGUGAAUGGAUGCAAACCCGGUGGAGAGCUCUUUCGACAGCUUUCUACGUUAUGAAAAUUCGGGAACUACGUUCAAAAAGAUACAAUAGUUCUAAAUACCAAAAAUGCAACCGGUAAACAAUGCAGCAAAACGAAUAAAACACAAGGUGCAAGGUGAGCAAAUGUGAAGCGCGAUCUCUGAAGAUGGCCCCAUUUCUAUUUGAGCGAGUCACGCUUCAUCUUCGGCACUUCAGCUCGACUACCAAAGUACGGUAGGUGGCGCUGGGCGGCAGUCUACACCUGCAAGGUCGUGCGAGCACGACGAAUUCGUAUCGGAUGGCCACCUCCCAGCUAAUACUAAUAUAAUAAUAUAUGAUGUUGUAUAGGAUGCUAAAACGGAGGCCAUAUGCGUAUAUACUUCCAUUGAACCACGUGUAAAGUGUACGAAUAUGGCCUCCACUUUAGCAUCCUAUUCCACAUCAUAUGCGAUCGUGUGUUGACUGGGCUCGCGCUUCAUCAAUAGGUUCGGAAAACCCAGCCAUAGCCACAUCUUCUCUGAUAAUACCAAGUGCUUUCGAGAGGCAAAUAACGAGAUAGAGUAGGUCAACCAUGAAUGCACACUGCACAGAGAUCGUUGACAGUUCAACAAUCGUUUGACACUAUUCCAUCUAUUCCGACUGAAACCGCACAUGGGCGAUGUCGUAGUGUAAAAAGAAGCGAUGCAUGCACGCGAUUGUUGUCACAAGUUAACUGUUCAGUACACUGGCGAGUAUGCGGGUGCACCCGAUGAAAUUGAGAGAUUUUCAGUUCCACGUGCCGUACGUCCGAGUUUCCAAUCGCAAGUUCCUUAUCGCCGCUGAGGUUGCCACCAUUGCUAGGUAUCGGUUCGCAUUUUUCCCUUGUCAACAUUUCGUUAUUUGUGGUUUUACGGCUGACUCGCAGGGCCAAUUACAAGCUCUGACUCAGUGAACAAAGCUGACCUUCCCGGAAGGUACGGAUUCUGCAUUGGUAUUUUUAACAAAUACAGUGCUGGGUAAAUAGCCUCAAGGCACCCAAGGGUAAUAUUUUACCUGUGCUUCCACUCCAAGAUUAAAUAGACAAAAUAAAUAGAAUAAGCAAAAUUUAUAGAACAAAUACACGAAUAACGACAGCUGGUAGUGCUCGAUUAAUAUUUGAUUGCAGUUGUUGUUACCACACUUUAAAGUGUUAAUCGUUAAUAGUAUUCCAUAAAUAAUUCAAUAGCCGCAUAUUAAAUCUAAAAACAAUGAAUGUUUAAUUACCACACUAACAAUCUAAUAAAUAGUUCUAACUGCAGAGCAGUUCGUCGUCAUUUGUGUCAUCGGAAACCUGAAAGAAUGCAGAAGUUUCAGCAUUCAUACGAAAUGUAUGAAUACAAUCUGGACUACGUGCGAUGGUUGGCCGACGUUUGCGGCGUCGAUAUGAUGGUGGAAAAUUACAAAAUGAACUACCGCACUUUUAGCACUCUGUUUGUUAUAACUUUCACCAUACUUAACGCGUGCUACAGUUGCUGGUUCUACUACCCGAACUGGUUCAAAAUUGUGGAAGUUUUAAUAACUUUUUCGGUUUGCUUGCAGGUAAGGUGGAGGAAAACUGAAGGGUGAUGUGAUUAGAUAAAGUUUGUUUUGACAUUUUUAGGGAGCAAACAAGUUCUACAACGCUUAUAUUCAUCGACAUUUCUUCAUUUUAAUGUACGGCCGUCUUAGAAAUCUGCACUUUAAGUAUCGACAGCACCAGCAGAACAAUGCGCAACUGUUGCUGCUCAUGCAGCGAAUUCAUCUGAUUUCGAAGGGCAUUUUUGUACUUUUUAUAUUGGGGGGAUGUUCUUACUUUGUUUAUCCGAUAUUCAGCUAUUGGUGUUGCCGCCGGCGGGAGCUUUUGUUUUCGUUGAGAAUUCCGUGGAUAGACGCAGAUUCUCCCAAUGGAUACAUUAUUACGAUGAGCUUCCAGCUGUGCAUGAUAAUUUUUACAGUGUUUGGAAUGUCAGCAGCAGAUUCGGCAAUACUUCUGUUCGUGUGCAGUCUCGCCGGGUUCGUCGAUGUGUUCAAAAACGAGCUGAAUGAGUUGAAUGUGAUGGUCGAGGAAAAACCACGAAAAGAGCAGAAAAUAAGGGAAAAAGUUAGAGAAAUAUGCGUUCAACAUUUGACAGUCAUCGAAUAUGAAUCUGACCUAGAUGAAAGAUACUUCACUACAUGUUUUGUUCAGGUUGUGUCGGCAACAGUAGGCCUCAGCAGUGCGCUGUUCCUGGCCUACGUAGCAAGAUACAUUCCAGGAUUUGCGCUGAUGCUAGUGUUAUCCGCCCAGUUGUUUGAGUUUUGUUUGCUUGGAACGGUAUUGUACGUAAAGAAUGAAGAAAUAACAGAAGCUAUCUACGAAGCAAAGUGGCACUUGUUGGAGAAACCGCAGCAAAGAUGCAUUGCGCUGAUGUUGCAUAAGAGUCAGAACUUUGUUGAAAUGACCGUAGGUGGGCUUGCACCGCUGAACAUGGAAACAUUCGUUGCGAUAAUGAAAUCAAUAUACUCGUAUUUUACAAUGCUGAUAAGUUUUAUUGAGUAAUAUAAAACACCUGGUUAUGUAAUACAAUUCGUUGUACAUAAUAAAACACACUAGCGUAAGUUUGUUUUUGCGAAUAUAGGACGUUUUUUAUUAAAAUGAAGAAAAAAGAACGUGGUGCGGUCGGUAGUACUGUAGCAUGGAGCCCGGCAGGACGAGAAUGAACGAACUAGUACGCUGAGGAAAGUUAAGAACGCAAUCAUUCUGAACGUCGUUUACAUAGUGCUAUCUAUGAUUCUCCGACUACAAUUUCACCAACACAAAAAGGUAUAAACUGCCGAUAGUUCCUGGGAACAGCCAUGAUUCAGGCCAGUGCCGUUCUGAAAUCUGUCCAAAACACCAACUUCGAUACAGGAACAUCGAGGAUUUGGCAGACAGUCCAGCGAAAACCUUAGAAGUACCCUUGUAACACAGCUUCAGCGGAGCAACUUUCGAUUUAGCCGCGGUCAGCAAUAUCAUCGUCACCAACUGAAUUGAUAAUUUUGAGCUGUUAAAUGGCGCUUCCUUCCUAAACGUGGGAGUAGGACUCCAUCAUUUGCUGUACUGAUUGCGUUUCAUCCGUUACGUUGGCCCCGUUCAGGUAUGCAUUGAAGUGCUGCUGCCACCUUACGUCAGUCCGUCAUGAGCAUCCCGUUCCCAUCCCUGCUUAUUUCAGCUCAUAGCACAAAACCGUGGCGGGAAGCGUUGAGCUUCUGGUACAAAUUCCGUGUUUCUUGAGAACAGCACAGUGGGUCAGUGAUGUGAGUCUGUUGUUUCCGCAUCUGAGAAAUACAAUGCCAAGCUCUGCCGGGUUUCAUGCUGCAGUAUUACCGCCCAUGCUUCAUUCUGCGUUUCUAAAAUCGCUUUGUAUUCCUCAUCAAACUCAUGAUGUAAAUUUCACUGCAUAAAUAAAAAGUUUGGAAUUGACGUUUUCAUUUAAAAUUGGCGGCUAACAAUAAUAAACUUGGCGCACUAUGAUUUAUUUCGAAACGCUUGAAGCCACACUACUGAUACUAUGUACAAAUUCAAUGUAGAACAUUAUUUAAAAUAUCUACAACAAAAUGAGCUGCAGAUCAUUCAUUCGAUAAAGUUGAGCAACAUCAUCAAAUACGUGUAUAUGGACUUCAUGAUCU